CCUGGAAAUUCUGAGAAUGGUAAGUGUGACCACAGGCGUCCGUUCCCUUGGAAAGGCACGAUGACAGCUCCUAUCAAUAUAAACUGCACCAACGGCAAGAAGCAGAACGUAGACAUCCGCAGCCAUGCACCCGGACAGCUCCUACCACAAAUGGGACAACUCUGAUCAGGUGGAACUGACGGUGCAGGGAGCGAGCAGAGUACCUGGGAGAGGCGGUAAAGCUCUUUGCCUCUCCAAGUUUGCCCAAGGAAAGGCCAAAGUGAUCCUGUACGUCCUGCUGGCGAUUUGCAUUGCAGUGGCCACCGCUCUCAUCGUGGUGAACCUUGGGAAAUUGUCCAAGGGUCUUGCCGAAGCCCAGGUGGAUAGAGACACUAUAAGAAGAGAUGCCAAGAGAAAUCUGUCACAUCACCAGGACUAUCUAGAGUUGAAGAUGUCCAAAGAAUUCAACGUGUUUAACAGUCGACUUCUUAAUAUGUCCAAUGAGCUGGCUGGGGUUAGGCUGGGGAUCGAGGAGAUCCAAGCUGAUCACAUGAAAGACCAAUCACAUCUCCAGGACGCCAUAGAGAUAAGGAACCUAACGCACAGUAUGCCGAAGGAGCGGGCUGAGGUGAGAAGGGACCAUGACAGACUCCAGGAGGUCUUGAGCAGGAUGCAGGACGAGUUACGGAACAUCACAGAGAUAAGGAACCUAACGCACAGUAUGUCGAAGGAGCUGGCUGAGGUGAGAAGGGACCAUGACAGACUCCAGGAGGUCUUGAGCAGGGUGCAGGACGAGUUAUGGAACAUCACAGAAGUCAUCUGCACAAAAUGUCCACCUGGCUGGCAGCAUUUUGAGAAAAAAUGCUACUUCUUUUCAACAUCAACUAAGUCCUGGUCGGAUGCUAAGCAGUUCUGUACCAAUGAAGGCUCUGACCUGGUUAUCGUUAACACCAAACAGGAACAGAGGUUUUUGUCAAACCAAAUCAUGGAGCCUGACGUGUACUGGCUGGGCCUCAGCGACUCAGCAGAGGAAGGGGAGUGGCGCUGGGUGGACGGCAGCCCCCUGUCUGUCAGGUUCUGGGCAUCUGGAGAACCCAACAAUGUUGGGCAGCAAGGGGAGGACUGUGGCAGCUUCCGCUUCAACGGGAAGUGGAAUGAUGCCACCUGCUCUUUGACUGAGCACUGGAUCUGCGAACGGCAGUGCUAGCUGAGUUCCUGCAUCCACAGCGGGGAGGUCAGGUGUCACACAGACUGCCCCACGUGGGACUGCUCUGGAGCGUUCAUCUCUCUAAAUCAGUGAUUCUCAGCUGCAGGAGGCUCUUUAAUGUCUCUCCUGCAGCUAUUUGCAGCACAUGCUAUUAAAACACUGUGAUUUAAUUAUUAACCAUCCUAAAUUAUUAACCAAUCUGGAUGGUUUCACUAUGUUAUUAACCCAUUAAGUUAUCAGCCUGAACUAAGCUACUAACUUAUUUGCUGUGAGAAUAAUAGAUAUAGAUAAACUAAAUAUUUCCCAUCAUAAUGUUUAAAUAUGAAUAGUACUAUAGUAAAUGAAACAAUGAAUUCACCCUACUGUGGCUCUUUUGCUUAACGGUGAUGGCUAAUUUGGCUCCUGAGCCGCUGAGGUCCAUGUAUCACUGGUCUACAUGCUGGGCGGCUAUUGCAGCAAGUGGAGCUAUGGGACAGGAUCAUGGAAAGCAGAGGUGGAGAAGCUGACUGGCACUGGACCGUCUAAUCCAUUUCCCUCCCAUACUGGGGCCCAGGGCAGAGUUGUUCCCUUCAGGGCUCUAGCAUUAAAUGUGGCUCCUGCCCUUCCCCCAAGAAGAAGCAAUUCCCAGCCUGGUAGAUCUCAUUGCCAGGCUGUUCUUCCUGACACUGGGCCAGAGUCUGAUCUCAGGUGAACUGCUGUGAAUGCAGAGGCUGAACUGGCUUCAGGGGAGUCACUCUGAACUGACAUCAGUGUGAGUGAGAUCAGAAAUGAGGCCGUUCAUCCUCAAACGUCCUUUUCUUAAUUCCAUCCCAUUGCUCCUGGCUCUGCCUCCGAGUGUCUCUGCUGAGAGGAAGGAUGAUCUGAUGUGUAAGGCACAGCACUGGCACCUGGGUUCAGUUCCAGCUCUGCCACUGACUCCUUCACCUGUCUGGGCCUCUGUUUUCUUCUCUUUAGAAUGGAUAUAAUAACCCUUCCUGUGUCUCUCUUGUCUAUUGAGCCAGUGAGCUCUGUGGGGCAGGGACUAUCACAUUGUGUGUCAGCGCCGCACCCAGCACAAUGGGGCUGUGAUCUCUUCCGGGGCUGAUAGCUGCUCCUAUAAGUGCUCCCAAAUCACCUAUUUGCAUCUUUAGGGGGCUGUUCUGCCGAUAGACGCAGGCACUCGGUUCCCAUUGAAGGCAGUGGAGUUGCUUGUGUCUAGAAGUGCAGAGUUUGGUUCUUUAUCUUAUACCCCUGACUAAAU